AUGAAUAUAAACGAAGGAACUACCAUAGAAGAUCUAUGGACACCAUAUAAGGAACUAGUAUCUGUGGUGGAAGGAUACUUGGCACAUGAGAGUGGAGGAGCUCCAUAUGCAGUGCACACAUUUGAAUCUGUCCUGAGAAGGCACAAACAAACAUUUCUAUCUCUCUUAAAAUAUCCUCCCAAAAAUCCAACAAGCAGAGAGGAGAUCAAAAGAGGUGUUACGGAAGGAGUAAAUUUACCCAGUAUAGGCAGGACUUUGCUGUCCAAGGAGCUUGUCGAUGAAGCUAUUAUAAUAUCAGACAUGUACAAUGUGAACGAGUAUGUGUGCCUGGAGUUGCUGCACACUGCGCAACGGCAGGCGCCGCGACAGCCGGGGCUGGCGCGUGGUCUGCUCGCUGUGUUACUGCAGCAUGACGGCCGCCGCGCGCUCGUGCAGGCCCUCAGACAUCUUGUCAUGGCACGAGAUGGUGUCUCCUGGUCAAUAAGCGCACGCGAGGAGAUAGUUAGCUACGUGUCAAGAUAUGUGUCGCAGUUAAUAGCGGAUGGGUUGCUGGGCGGCGUGCUGGACGCGCUGCGCCGUACCUCACUUGAUGCCGAGCUCGAGCUGCUGCAGAACAACCGCGCUCUGCCCCCGCCUCGACAUCUCGUGCGGCUCAUCGGCACCAUUGAGACUACCAGAAAGUUACUCGCUGGUGUGAUAUUUGCGGCGUCUGCACAACGAGGGCUCGACAGAGAUAUAUUGCUAAGACUGUAUAGAGAACAAAUGACGUCAGCAACUCACGGGCCGACAGGAGCAUUGGAUGAGAUCUCGCUCGCGCUGCAAAUGGCGCUGCUCUAUGCACUCGACUUGUCCGUCUUGCACAAACGUGAAGAUGGCGAAGAAUUGGCCAAGAAAUUACCCCUAAUACAGGAUCCGGAGUUGAUAUCAGUUUUGUUGGAUGAGUUCUCUCCGCCUAUGAACCCCAACCAGACGCAGGAGGGCCAGGAUAAAGGAUCAGGGCUGAGGGCCUUGUGUCAGCUGGCCCUAGGUCUAGCUCUGGCUGCAUUGAAGCGAGCCCCACAAACAUUACUUAGGGCUUCUGGUACGGGAGAGAUAAAAAGUGAAUUGUUGGACCAGGAUGAAAUGUUGGUUGAUGCUGCUAUUGAUGGAAAGGUGUUUGAGUAUGUGAGCGAGGCGAUGCUGUCUGCGGGACUGGUGCGGGGUGAGGAGUACUACCAGCGGCGGCUGCACUCACUCAUCACCGACUUCAUUGUACUCAUGCACUCCAAGCUCAUGGAGAUGAGAGUCAAGGCUGAUGAGGCUGCGCGUGCGGUGCAGAUGUACGCUGCUGAGGGUCUAUCUGCGCCGGGCGGUGCUGGUGCAGGACGUACACGUCUGCAUGCGUUGCUGCGCUGUGUUGAGCUCCUGUAUGAGCAUGACACCCUCCAACUCCGAGAUGAAUACUGGCCCUCUGCCCUCAGUCGCAGUGGAGGUGCAGGAGGUCGUGAGGCGACACUGUACAAGUUUGUGAGGUUGUCCGGUGAGGCGGUGUGUGCUGCACUACUGGCGGCCUACCUCCGCGCCCUGGCUGCGCUCGCUGUGCCCAAACACACGUGGGCGUUGUUGGCGCGUCGCGACGCCCUCUCCGCACAUCAUCUGCUCACAGCAUUACAGCUGUAUCACAGGAAUUUACGCGCGGACCCUGCGCCGUUCGCGGAGCAUCUACACUCGUCUUCCCUGGGCGCCUCCGCCGUGGUGACACCUGCAGCGCGUCCUGGAAAGCUGCUCGUGCGCCAGGAGGAGGUGGAGGCCAUGAUAGCAUCGCUGCAGCUGAUCGCGGCGGUGGCGCGCGUCGACGAGUCAGCCAGUGCCGCCAUAUGCGAGAACUUGCAGUGGGACGCCGUCAACUGCAUGUUUGGACUGAUGUGCUGCCAUGUGCCGAUCCAGCUGAAGGCGGCGCUGUGCCGUACUCUGGCUGCGCUGGGCGGGCGUGCGGGCACAGCGCCGCGGGUCUGGGCCGCGCUCGACGCCGCACAGCUCGUCUCCACGGCAGACAAGCGCGGCCUCAAUGCUGAGCUGCAGGAGGUGGAGUGCCGCAUGGAGGAGUACCCGCUGUCGCGUGCGUUCCUGGAGCUGCUGGAGGCUCUGUGUGCGGCGGGGCCGGCACCUCGUGCGCUGGGUGCCGGCAGCCGUGCGCCAGGCCUGCAGCCCUACGUGCACCACGUGCUGCAUCGCCUCGCCCUGCCCGCGCCGCACCGCCGCUACGCCGUACCUCACGAGGAGUGGCAGGUGAUCGCGCUGUGUUUCCGUCUGUUCGCGCGCUGGCUGGAGGAGUACGAGCCUAGUGCGGGCGAUUUCCCGGCGGCGGGUGCGGCGGGUGCGGGGGGCGCGACGGGUGCGGGGGGCGCGGGGGACGCGGAGCCGCCGCCAGGUUUCCCGCUGCUGGUGCAGCUGCACUCGGACUCGGAGCUGCUGCGCCUCGUGCUGACCACGCUCGACCGAGCCAACGACCUGCUCGACCGUCAGUCCGGACCCGGCAAGGAGUACGUGGAGGACGCGCUGGUGUCCACGUUGCAGAUGCUGGAGCGAGCGCUGGCGUUGGAGCGCGCGUUGACGGACGCGGCGGCGGAGGCGGGCCGAGCUCUUCUCGUCGUAGGACUAUCAAAACUGCUACUCGCGCCGGAGGGCCCGGAGAAGUGUGACAGGCUGGUGUCGUGCUGCCGCGUGGUGGGGCGCAGCACGCUGCCGGCGGGCGCGAGGCGCGCGGUGUCGCUGCUGCGGCGCGCGCUGCUCUCGCCGCACUCGGCGCGCCAUCUGCUGGCCUCGCUGGCACACCGGCACGCCCUCGCUGCGGACAUCAGGCAUGGGUUCGUGGAAUGCCUGGAGUCGGAGGAGUGGUGCGGGACCGGGGCCGGUGGUGCUGGUGGGGGCGCGGCGGAGGAGCGCGAGCAGAGUGCCGCAGAGGAGGCGCGCGCGGCCAAGGAGGGCGUGGUACUGCUCGUGCUGCAGCUGCUGCCCGCCGCAGCGCCCAACUUCGCCCACUUCCUGCUCGGAUACCAGCUCAAUGACGACGUGAGCCGCAGCGUGCUGAACGAGGCGGGAGUGAGCGGCACACCGCGCACUGUGCUGCACGCCGUGCUAGACAUACUGGACCAGCACAUCGCGCCCGCAGCUCACGAACGCGAGGCGACACCGCUGGUGGAGAGCUGCUACCGGCUGGUGUACUGGCUGUGCGCGCGGCCCACCACGUCGCCACCAGCUCUGCGUCUGCUGCGCGCACGCGACUACUUCCUCGCCAGGCAUGUCAAGGCAACCGUCAACCUUGAAACGGCGUCAGUGACGACGGUGUCAGCGAGGUCGUGGGUGCUGCGAGCGUGCGCGUGCGAGGCGGGGGCUGCGGGCGGCACCAGACAGCACGCAGCACUCGCCGCACUGCUCGGCGCUCUCACACACACACCACACCAUCCCGACCAGGAGUGGGAGUGGUGCGUUAUCCGUCGCGCGCUGGAGGGGCUGGCGGUGAGCGUGGCCGCGCCCGCCGAGCCGCGCUGGGAGCUGUUCCACGCGCAUCAGCUGCGCAGCGCCAUCAAUGAUUGCGACCUGCCCACGGGUGUUGGCGGCAAGCGCAUUAGCGUGAGCCGGCUGCACGCGGUGCUGGCGCGAGAGCUGGCUGCGCUGCGCACCACCGCGCCGCAGCGCAGCCUCGUCGCCCUCGAGAUACAGAAGGUUCUGGACUACGUGACGGAGGUGAACCGGCAACGCAACCUGGCCGCCACGUUGACGCACUACUACGACUCGUGGCGGCAGCUCACCGAGAUCAUCUUCUGCGUGGCGCCGCCCGACGUGCUCGCCCUCGAGUCCCGAAAGAACCUGCUGCUCAACAUCCUGCAGGACUUGCUCAACAAGAUCCCGCCCGCGGAGGUGCUGCCGCAGCUCGGCAACCUCGCCUCCGGCACCGUGCUGCUGCUGCUCGUCAACCUGCGCCACUGCUACAUCCUACAGAAGCGGGAGUCCAACCUGAACUCCUCCGAGUUCGAGGCGAGCUUCUUCGGGCCCUCGAACCAGAUAAUGCAGACCAAGUCUCUGACGCUCAAGUUCAUCCUGCACAAGAUACUCAGCUGGAUCCUGGUGUCGGGCGGCAGCACGCAGAAGAUGCGCGUCAACCUGUACGGCGCGCUGCUCAACUUCCUCAACAUCGUGAACCUGAAGGCGAGCCCCGCGGAGCCCGAGGAGGAGGGCGACGUGACGUACGUGAGCCGCCUGGACAGGUCGCGAGGGCGCGCCGGCCGCGAGGACUCCGCCCUCAAGGCCAUGGUGGUGGACGUCAUCACGGGCUUCGGCGAGAAGCUGUGCGCCAUCGUGUGCGGCGACUGCACCGGCGCCGGACACGACGUGUGUCGCAUGGCCGCCCUCGCAUGUCUCGAUACGCUGCUCGACAUCGACCCCGCCACCGACUGGCUGCACACCCUCACAGACCAGGGCUAUCUGCGCAGCCUCAUCGACAGUCUGCUGCACGACGACGAGGGCCUCAAGGAGGCGCUGGACCCGAGCCCGAAGUCUCUGCGCGUGCUGUACGUGUACGAGUGCAAGAUGUCGCUGCUGCUGAAGCUGGCGGGGUCGCGGCGCGGCGCUGAGACGGUGGUGGCGCAGGGCGCGCUGGCCUGCCUCGCCGCGCUCUCCGCUCUCGGCUGUCACCCUGACGUGCACGCCGCCAGCAGCCGCCCUGACACAGACUUCGUGCCCUCCGUCGCCUCCAGAUUCCGUCAGAUGCUGGUGCCGGCGCUGGCGCUGUGCGACGCGUUGCUGACGUCGCUGGGCACAGAGAACCACAGCUGCGUCAUACACGUGACGCACUUCCUCGUCAGCCACGUCGAGUGCAUCGACAUGGUGCUGAGAGCGGCGCACCCCAGCUCGCCCGAGGGUCUGCUGGUGGAGCUGGAGUGGGUGACGUCGGUGGUGGCGCGCGCUUCGGGGCGCGAGGUGUUCGGUCUGGCGCGCGGCGACACGGCGCUGCAGCGCGCCGAGCCCAGCCUGCAGCGCGUGCAGUGGCUCAUGCUGGCGCUGCUGCCGCGCUUCCAGCAGCCGCCGCCCGCCAAGCACGCGCCCGCACCCGCCUCCGACCACCCCGACAACAGGCUCUAUCUCAAGAUCGUGUGCAACUUGCUGACGUACGCGCUGAACACUCUGGAGCGUGAGGACGCUCGCGUGACUUCACACAGUCCAACGAGCGCGGCGUGUGCGGCUGCGCGUGCGCUGCUGCAGCACCUGGCGCGUGCACAUCGCCUGCACACCAAGCUGCUCGCCACUGUAACGCACCAGCUGCACAAUCUGCCCGCAAUGACGCUAGACGAUAUGAAGAAGUUGCUGGGCGAGGAGAAGUCAGGUGUGGGUGGUGUGGGGGGUGCGGGGGGUUCGCCGAUGGAGGUUCGGGCGGGGGUGGUGUCGCUGCUGCGGGGGAGAGCGCGGGUGCGGCGCGCCGAGCUGCAGUACUGCGGCGCUGCGCUCGCGCAAGCGCUGUACUUGUUGUGGGCGCACGCGCGCAUGCACCUGCAGGCCGCAGCUCCGCAUGAACUCGGUGUGAAGCUGGCGGGCGCGGGGGGCGAGGAGCUGGGCGCGCUGCGAGCUGACCUGGUCGCGCUCUUCAAUGACCGCUUCGUUGAGGAUCUGCUCGACACUGUCAAGGGUGAGCCGCCGCUGCAGCGCGGCUUCGUGGAAGUGCUGCUUAAAGACAUCAAACGCAUCAUACAGUUCUCCCCAGUCUGAUGACACACCGCACAUGACACCAUGACACACCGAUACUAGCAUUUGAUAACAUUUCAAAUAAAUUAUAUUUUUUAUU